CUCCCGCCCCUCAGGAAGGAUAUGAGGAGCCGGGGCAGGACGGCGGGCAGCUCCCUGCGGCACAGCUCCCAGUCCCAGCCUCCCAGCUCCCGCAGGAGCAACUCGAGAUCGGUUUGGGACAUGACACGCGCUCCGCUCCCCUCAGCAGCGGCGGCGGCGGCGGCGGGAAAACUCAACUCAGCGCCGCGCUCCCAGCAGCCUCUGCGGUCGCGGGGCCGCUGCGAAUCAUUCGCCUGAUUCAUUGGCGAGGCAGCGGGUUUGCUGCCCGCCGAGCGCUCAUUCCCACAGCGAAAAGUGCCCGAAAACAUCCUCUAAAAGAGCAAUACAUCAGCGCUGCUUUUAGAUGAGCACUUCUGGCUGCGACUUCCCAGCCUGGUAUUCCUGAGAAUGGAUUUUCGAUUUAAUUUUUUUCCUGAUGAAGAUGAAAGCAAAGAGCCCAGCGCUCAGCGUGAGACACAGCCGUGUUCUCCAACAGGUGAGCACAUAGAGAAGAGACUGGCAGAGACAAAAGCCUGCAUCAAAGCUGCCAAGGAGCACCAUAUCCCUGCAGAUGCCAGUAAGGUACUGGAAAAUAAAGUCCUGGAAACGGCAUCAGGGCUGUACUAUGUGAAUAUGUCUGUCGUGGAAUUGACGUGCCAGGAUGGCACCCACGAAGAAGAUAUUGUGUCCAAAAGCGUUUCUUCUCACUCUGAUCUCAUCCCGGGAGUCUAUGAGGGAGGACUGAAAAUCUGGGAGUGCACCUACGAUCUCAUGGAUUUCCUUUCUGAGGCUGAAAUCCAGUUUGCCAACAAGACAGUGCUGGAUCUUGGGUGUGGGGCUGGACUGCUGGGAAUAGUCGCCUUAAGGGGAAAUGCUGAAGAAGUUCACUUCCAGGACUACAACAGCACGGUGAUUGAGGAAAUAACCAUGCCUAACGUGGUGGCUAACUGUAUAAAUGCUGGCAAUAAGGCUGACAGCGAAGAUGAUAGAAAGAACAUUAAGCCUCCUUCAAAGAGGCGCAAGAAAUCAGAGUGCCUACCUGACAAGCUCACCAAGUGCAGGUUUUUCUCUGGAGGGUGGUCUGAAGUCAGCCAGCUCCUGUUGAGCAGCAGCAAGCCCUGGUCAAAAUACGACCUCAUUCUCACAUCUGAGACCAUCUACAACCCCGACUAUUACAGUGCUUUGCAUGAUACGCUGGCUCAGCUGUUGGCUAAAAAUGGCCGUGUGUAUUUGGCAAGCAAAGUGCAUUAUUUUGGGGUCGGUGGGGGCACCUAUCUCUUUGAAAAGUUCCUUGAGGAGAGGAAGGUGUUUAGGAGCAGCAUAGUGAAAGAAGUGGAGGAAGGGCUGAAGCGCUUUAUUUUGGAAAUAGCCUUUAAAGAUUCCACUUAAAAUGCGUUCCAGCGGUGCUCCAAAAAGAUCUUAAUAAAGACAAAAUGUUUUAAUCCUCAUGUGUAUUUUUAAAAUUUUUACUGGGUUAUUCAAAAUGGAUGAGUUAACGCAGUUCUUUUCCAGCUAUUGAACUGUUUGACAAAUUCUGAUGCUUGAGUGGAAGCAAAGGACUCUUCUGAUUCUGGUUUUGCAUAGAAAAGUACAGUUCUGCAUAAAGUAUCACCUCUUCAGCCCAUUUUGUUACUUGUAUGUGUUUAAAAAUAAAGCCAGUCACUGUUCCCAGUCUCCCUCUCACAUUCCUUGGCAGUGCCAGCGCAGCCUGAGGGCGAUCAUUUAGCUCCCUAAUAUAGUGCAAGCAGUUCUUAAGGGCCAGGCUCCCAGCUCAGCUAUGAUUUAACUGCAGCAACAAAUAUCAGAAGCAGCUGCAUACCUGUGUGCUCUGCUGUACUGCCACCAGAGGGGGAUGUGACUGUAUUUAUCACUUGUAUUCUAUUAACCAUCUGUACCACUUUCUUUUGUAAGACGUAUUUUCCAAACUUGCCUUCUUCCAUUACUGUAACUUCAGGCUGCUGGGGGCACUGCUGAAUGUUAUCAUAACUCUUCAGUCUUCUAAGCAGUUGGGCAGGGCAGCAAACUUCCAGAAAAGUCUGCUUACAAAUCACUCUUGUGUGUCCUAGGCUGAAGAUGCUCACAGUGGGACAAGACUGUAUGUUGCUGCAGAAAUUACUCUAUAAAAAAAAUGCAGACAAAACUAAAGAACUGCAAAAUCUGGACCCAGGUGUUUGGGAUCACCAACAAUUCACAAAGAAAAUACAGAAAUCUAUUUAAUGACUCCACUAGGUACAUCAAUCUUACUCCUUGUAAGGAGUACACUACUUUACUGCAGCAGUAAUACUUUGGGUGUCCCUGCAAAAAUAAAAACUUAGAGACAGUCAGCCAUUACAGUAAGCUGAGUAUAAGGAGACUGCAUAAACUCGAGGCAGAAAAGACAAUCUGAGAUGGUGGAAAAGCAAUUAUUACAACAGUGAUUUAAAUCACAUGGUAUUACGUAAAGUAAGUUCCUGUCAUUUCUGCCAACUGGAAGGUUCCUAUUUUGACCAUGUUGCUAUUAAGAUAGCCAUAGAGGAUUUCCCAUACCUUAUUGAAGAGUCUUAACUAGAAUUGUUUAUGAAACAAAAAUAAGUAGACUACUUAAAUGGAUGCUUAGGACACUACUGAAGUGCUCUCUGAUAGCAGAGAGGAAAAAAGCAGUCAGCUGUGCUAUGGCUGUGACUGCACCGAAACCUGCCAAUGACGGACAAAUGCUGACUAUGGACAGAGGAAAAAAAGAAGAUUUAGCUCUGGCACAGGUCAGUGAAGUACUGUUAACAGUUCUUAGUCAAAAAAGGGAAGUUGGAACACCACUACUACUUGCUAUUUUAUAUACCUCAGCCUGAAGACAAAUCAUUGCUGGCACAUAUUGACUGAGCACCUGCUAGGUGCUGUUUCAGAGAAUGGUACCUGAAGUA